UUGACCUCACCAUCAUACGAUGUGAAGUAACCGGAGAUAAAACAGCGACUUACAUCGAGCCAGAGCCAUAAAACACAUAUGAUCCACGGAAAAGAGAUUGGAGAAGCAGUCGGGUGUUUCUUCACUCGAUGAUCCGAUUAUCUCUGCUUAACUAAUGCUUUCGUGACAAAAAUAUUAAAGAGCUGUAUUGUUUUGUCUGAUGUAAAUAAAUGCUCAGUUAUAAGUUCUCCAAAGGCUCCAGAAGUGUGUUUGCGAGAAUGUUCGAGACUAAAGGAAUCUUCAGUGUUUGUGUGGACGUCAGCUGCGUGGUGCUCGCUGGACUUCCUUUUGCGAUAUUGAAUAUUCAGCACACGCCAUUCCAAAGAGGCUUUUUUUGCAGCGAUGACUCCAUCAGGUACCCUUUUAAAGAAGACACCAUAUCCUACCAGUUACUGAUGGGGAUAAUGAUUCCAUUCGCGCUGUUAUUAAUAAUCUUCAGUGAGUGUUUUUCCUUGUAUCUGCGCUCCAGAGCUUCUUUCAGUUAUGAGUAUAUAGUGUGUGUGUACAAGGCCGUAGGAUCAUUCGUGUUCGGAGCGGCGUUGAGUCAGUCUCUGACUGAUAUCGCCAAGUACACCAUCGGCCGUCUGCGACCGCACUUUCUGACCGUGUGUAAACCAGACUGGAGCCUCAUCGACUGUAAAUCGGGUUAUAUUGAGAACUUCACAUGCACAGGAGAUCCAGUCAUCGUCAAUGAAGGCCGGCUUUCCUUUUAUUCUGGUCACUCAUCAUUCUCCAUGUACUGUAUGCUGUUUCUUGCUCUGUAUCUUCAGUCUAGACUGAGAGCAGGUUGGGCUCGACUGGUUCGUCCGACUCUGCAGUUCUCUUUCAUCGCCGUGUGUCUUUACGUGGGUCUGUCGCGCGUCUCUGAUUAUAAACACCACUGGAGUGACGUUCUCACUGGAUUCGUUCAGGGAGCCGCCGUGGCACUGUUUACUGUGUUCUUCGUAUCGGAUCUGUUCAGCGGCAGACGCACGUCAGAUAAAGACGAGGAGAUCUCACACACGAGUCUUCAGGAGACAUCAGAUCCGCUGAACCACUACGGCAGCACAGAGUAACAUGCAAUCCUUUCCACAACCCAUUCGCUUCAUUUUUAUAGUUUUACUGGGGAAAAAGGUAAUUUUUCAUAAUGCACAGCAUUAUAUAUAUAGAGAAGAAUAUCAUGAUAAAUACAGCGGCAGUGCAACAAUGUGUCACAUGUGUCCCUGCAGCACAAAACAGUCACAUUUGUAGCAAUAGAGAACAAUACAUUGUAUGGAUCAAAAUUAUACAUUUCUCUUUUAUGCCAAAAAUCAUUAGGAUAUUAAGAUCAUGUUCCAUGAAGUAAACUUGCUAUCAUAAAUACAUGAAAACUAGUCAUAUGUAUUGCUAAGAACUUAAUUUGGACAACUUUAAAGAUGAUUUUCUCAAUAUUUAGAUUUUUCUGCUCCCUCAGAUUCCAGAUUUUCAAAUAUUUGUCUUCCUAACAAACCAUAUAUCAAUGGAAAUAUUAUCUCAAAUUUAAAUGGACCUUUAUGGUUUUGUGCUCCAGGGUCACACAUAUAUAUACUCUUGGCAGUAUUUGUGUCAGUGUUGGUUUCUUUUUUCUUCCAGACCUCAUGGGGUUAUUUAUUCUAACUAAAGGUUCCUGCUCAGAGUGUAUGCAGUGUCAGUGAAUCAUGAAUGUCAUUGGGAAUAGUGCAGUAUAAGAACGUAAAAGAAAAACAUUCCCAUCAUGCAACUAAAUGUUAAACCUUUGCUGCAGUGCACUCUUGAGCAGUGAGCGUUUCAGUUCCUACUGUUCUUUCAGGAAUCCAGAUUGCUGUUUUCCCACUUGAUUUUGAAUCAGGAUGGUUCACAUUUAAAACAGAUAAAAAUUAAAGCUUCUUCACUGGAAACGAUGGUUUAAUGGUAAACCUUUAACAUGUAUGGGACCUUUUCCAUUGCAUUGGAUCCAUUGUAGUGGAAAAAGAUUUUUUUUAUUAUUCAAGUGUUUCUUUACAUUAAGAAAAGAUGGUUCACUGAAAGGUUCUGUGGGGACCCAAACAUUUAUUUUCUAUGGCAUUGCUGUUAUCCAGGUAAAAAACAAAAAACGGAUUGUACACUUGACUCUAAGACACUAUUUAAUGAUUUUUCUGUUGUUUAAAGUUUUUUUUUCUUUUCUUUUUUUGUCAAAUUG